AUGGAACCCGGCGGAAUUGCACCCCGUCUAGCCUUUGUUUGGAAAAGGUUAAAAUCGACCUUCAUUAUUAUUACGACACCGUCACUAUUGGCGUGCAUUCCGGAAAAGAAACGACAAACACCUGCUGACAAAUCUCCUGCUGGCGUAAAACUGUUAAAGAAGACGAGAAGGGAGAGGAAAUGGACGUACUCCGAAAGACUUCAAUUUUGCCUUACCCCGAUGGCACGCUGGUCAUCGUACUCGAAAAUGCCCAAAGUUCAUAGAAGUGCAAAGCGAGUGGGUGAGAGGCCUCGUGAAGAGUUCGAUGGGAGUUUGGUGAGUGGGAGAAGGCGAUGGCAAGAAGAGGAGGAUGAGGAAAUGAUGGAGGAAGAUGAGGAUGAUGCCAACAUGGAUGCGGAAGGAGAAGUGGAUGAGGAAGAGUUGGAGGAUGACCAUGAGGAGUACCUCAAUUCUUGUGAGUUUCGAUGGUUGAAUGCCAAAGCUAUUGAUUAA